CUAAAGAAACCUGCUAUGUUAGCUAGCUUAUUACCAGAGUGCUAUCUUUUGUAAAUCAGGUGGUUGAUUCAGCGAACAUAGUGGUUAUUAAUCAAGUCAUUGGAGAAUGAAAAUAUGUAGUUUAUAGUGUGGUUUCAGUUGUGUUCGGUUAGGCCCUCGUUAGCAUUUAAAUGGCUGACAUUGUCUAUUCAGUCUUGUUCACAAAGAGCCGUUGAGCCUUUCUUAAUGUCGGAUCCUCGCAGUUAUGCUUCCUGCUAUUCAUGAAAGUAAGGUUCAAUGAUUGAUUUUUUUUAUGCUUAAAGAGUACAACCGUACGUCUGAGUAAGCGUCUACAACUCAGAAGCCAAAAAUCACAACAGCAGCAUCAUCACCACCAUGUAAAGUCUGUCUGCUGCCCUUCAGAGAAUUAAUUAACUAAGAGGCUAAGAAACCUUCUUAUUUGGUUGCACAAAGUCAGCCUCCUUAUUCAUGGCCUGUGGAGCAGCUCCAGAUUUUCAAUCACUUUACUUUUCAAUCUAAAGGCCAAUCAAACUGGAUCAAGCUGAUCACCAUAAAUCAGCAGGGACACAAGCUCAUCACUUUGUUGCUUAUGAAAUUUUAAAUAAUUGCCAUAUUUCAAUAAGCCAUUUUUUUGUCCUUUUUUAUAGAGAAUCUAUAUUUUUAGGGUAGAUAAAACUAAUAAAGUUGGUCUCAUACAGCAUCUGUUUGUUUUGAGAGUAUUUCCAUUCUUCUUCAUAAUAGUAGUAGUAGACUUAUAAGACGCCAAAAAUAGCAUUGCUGUAGUGAAACAACAUUUGUCAGACAUGUAAUAUCUUCUUACACAUAACAUAACAAACAAAGCAUGCAAACAAAGAGUGUUGUAUCCUCUCCAAGUUUUUUUGUACAUUUCUAUCCCAAGUCUUAGUGAACCUGAACAAAACUGUGCACACAAAGAUCUUUGACUUUUGGUAAAUUCUCCCUCACAGGUUCUACACUAUAGUUGUUUUUCAUGAGACAAUACAUUGAUAAUUUAGGGCCUUUUACAUAAUUUACAUAAUAAGAAUAAUUUUCUCUGAGCAUCACAAAUAUUACACUGUAAUCUGUUAUAUAAAAGAUUUUACCUCACACCAUUUACCAGGAAUGGUACUGAACUUGUAUAGCGCCUUUCUAGUCUUCCUACCACUCAAAAUACUUCACACUACAUAUCACAGUCACCGGUGGCAGUCCUGUCAUCAGUCUAAAGAAACUAACUCAUUUGUACACACACACACACACACUGGCACAGCCCUCUGGAGCAAUUUGGGGUUCAGUAUCUUUCCCAAGGACACUUCAACAUGUCGGCUGGGGGAUCUUUCUUGUGAGCCGCUGUUAGGACACAGUUACAGUCACCUAUGUUUGAUGGGAAGGUCCCCCACUGGCACCACUUCUCCUGCUUCUGGCAGCGAGCAGCAGCUCAGUCCACUGCUGAUAUCGCUGGGUAUUCCGACCUCCGCUGGGAGGACCAGGAGAAGGUCAAAAAGGCCAUUGAAAGUGGUGGAGCAGCAGGAGGAAAAGGGGACCAGAAGAGUGGAGCUAAAGGAGAGAAGACGCUGAAUGACUUUGCGGUUGAAUAUGCCAAGUCAAACCGCAGCACAUGCAAAGGCUGUGAGCAGAAAAUAGAAAAGGAUCAGAUCCGUGUAUCCAAGAAAACUGUGGACCCAGAGAAGCCCCAGCUGGGUCUGAUCGACCGCUGGUACCACACAGCGUGUUUCGUGAGCCGUAGGGAGGAACUGGCCUUCAAGUCUGAAUACAGCGCCGCCCAGCUGAAGGGUUUCAACGCACUACGGGCAGAAGACAAGGACGAACUUAAUAAGAGGCUCCCUGCAGUCAAAACUGAAGGAAAGCGUAAAGCUGAUGAGGUGGAUGGAGUAUCAAAGAAACAGAAGAAGGAGGAAGAGGAUGAGAAGAAGAAGCUGGAGGAGCAGUUGAAGAACCAGAGUCAGCUGAUUUGGGGAAUCAAGGACAAGCUGAAGAAGUUUUGCUCAACCAAUGAUAUGAAAGAGCUGCUGAUUGCAAAUGGCCAGGAGGUUCCCUCAGGAGAAUCAAAUGUGGUGGACUGCCUGGCCGACGGCAUGGCUUUUGGUGCUCUUGAGGCCUGUAAAGCGUGCAAGGGCCAGCUGGUGUUCAAGGGUGAUGCUUAUUACUGUACGGGGGACAUCUCAGCCUGGACAAAGUGUGUGUUCAAAACUGCAACACCAAUACGCAAAGACUGGGUCAUCCCCAAGGAAUUCCAUGAAGUUCCCUUCCUGAAAAAAUUCAAGUUCAAGCGACAGGACAGGGUUUACCCGAAGGAGGCUCCCAACCAAACCCUUACUGCAGCCAAAGCAGAACCCUUGGCUAGUGCAUCCAGUGCCUCAACUAAGCUACUGCCAGAGGGAGCACCUGCAGACAAACCUCUUACUGGCAUAAAACUGUUGGCUGUGGGCAAGCUGACCAAGAACAAGGAUGAUCUAAAGGCUGCUGUAGAGGAGCUGGGCGGAAAGAUUACCAGCACAGCCAAUAAGGCCUCUGUCUGCCUCAGCACCAAGAAGGAGGUGGAGAAGAUGAGUAAGAAAAUGGAGGAAGUGAGGGAGGCUGGUGUGCGUGUGGUCUCCGAGGGUUUCCUCACAGAUAUCAAGUCGUCGGGUAAAGCCCUCCAGGAACUGGUCUCCCUGCACGCUAUCUCGCCCUGGGGUGCAGAGGUCAAAGUCGAGGCUCAAGCUCCAUCUGUGGCCUCCAAGUCUGGAGCGCUGGCUACCAAGAGCACCGGCAGGGUGAAGGAGGAGGAAGGUGGUAGCAAAACCAAAAAGAUGAAACUCACAGUCAAAGGAGGAGCUGCUGUGGAUCCAGAUUCAGGUCUGGAGAACAGCGCUCAUGUCCUGGAGCAGAAGGGGAAGAUGUACAGUGCUACGCUAGGUCUUGUGGACAUUGUCAGAGGAACUAACUCCUACUAUAAACUGCAGCUGCUGGAGGAUGAUGUCCAGAAGCGGUACUGGGUGUUCAGGUCAUGGGGCAGAGUGGGUACCACCAUCGGAGGCAACAAGCUGGACAAGUUUCAUGACAAGAACUCUGCCCUGGACAACUUCCUGGGUGUCUACAAAGAGAAGACAGGCAACGACUGGGGUUCCUCCAACUUCACCAAAUAUCCCAAUAAGUUCUAUCCCCUGGAGAUUGACUAUGGACAGGAUGAGGAAGCAGUGAAGAGGCUGACAGCCACCGCCGGCACCAAGUCUAAGCUGGCCAAACCCGUCCAGGAGCUGAUCAAGACGAUCUUUGAUGUAGAGAGCAUGAAGAAGGCCAUGGUGGAGUUUGAGAUUGACCUUCAGAAGAUGCCCCUCGGAAAGCUGAGUAAGAGGCAGAUUCAGAGUGCCUACGCUCUCCUCACUGAAGUACAGCAGGCUGUGUCAGAUUGUCUGCCUGAGUCCCAGGUACUGGAUCUCUCCAAUCGCUUCUACACCCUGAUACCUCAUGACUUUGGUAUGAAGAAACCUCCACUGCUCAACAACCUGGACUACAUUCAAACUAAAGUUCAGAUGCUGGACAACCUGUUGGAUAUUGAAGUGGCAUACAGCCUGCUUAGAGGAGGGGCCCAGGACAAUGAGAGGGAUCCCAUCGACAUCAACUAUGAGAAACUCAAAACCAAGAUUGAGGUUGUUGACAAGACUACAGAUGAGGCUGAGAUCAUUAUACAAUAUGUUAAGAACACCCACGCUGCUACACACAACACUUACACCCUGGAAGUGCAAGAAAUCUUCAAAAUUGUUCGAGAGGGAGAGCGCCAACGGUACCGUCCCUUUGAGGAGCUACACAAUCGCCAGCUGCUGUGGCACGGUUCUCGCACCACCAACUACGCUGGUAUCUUGUCUCAGGGUCUUCGCAUUGCCCCUCCAGAGGCCCCAGUGACUGGUUACAUGUUCGGCAAAGGUGUGUACUUUGCCGACAUGGUGUCCAAGAGUGCAAACUACUGUCACACCUCCCAGUCAGACCCUGUAGGCCUCCUCCUGCUGGCUGAGGUUGCCCUCGGCAACAUGCAUGAAUUGAAGAAGGCCUCCCACAUUACAAAAUUACCCAAGGGCAAACACAGUGUUAAGGGUUUGGGUAGAACUGCUCCUGAUCCAAGUGCUGCUACCACUUUAGAUGGGGUGCAAGUGCCUCUGGGGAAAGGAACUCACACUAACAUUGAUGACACAAGUCUACUGUACAACGAGUACAUUGUGUAUGAUGUAGCGCAGAUAAACAUGAAGUAUCUCCUGAAGAUCAAGUUUAACUACCAGACAUCCCUGUGGUGAGAGGGGCUGUUUCCGGACCCUCUUCAGUGAAAACAAAGACCACUGUUGCCGCCAAACGCCUGGGCUUAAUUUCCUACAACAGAGGGCGAUGCUAUACCACGCUUUAAAAUGGUCAUUGGAAAUCUCUAGUCACUUUAUUGCUUUUUCAUCAGGUUUACUAGCUGGCAGCGUUCCUUAGUAAUGCAUUAGGUACUUAAAUACCUACUUCAGAGUUGCUUAUAAGACAGACACAGAACAGAAUUCUGUAUAGUGGUUGAUGCACCUUUCAUACUGUUUAGAAAGGUUUUGGUUUAGAAAUGAACAUCAGAAAAUGUUAGUUGCUUUCUGUCUCAUGUGGUAACCUUGAAUUUCACAAGGAUCUUAGUUUUUUAUUCUUUAAUAAACCUGUAGUUAAUAAGGCAUAGUACUGCAAAAUUUAGAAAGAGUUUACAGUUGUGAACAACCAAUCUGCAUACGCAUACACAAACCAGUGUUUAUAUUUUGCUAGGGUUCCCCAGUAAAAUGGCCACUAAAAUGAACAUCUUGUAGACUGUUCAAAGAUACUGUAAGAGGUUUGACAUGUAUAUAUUUGUUUUGUUGUUUGUCUCUCAAGCUGUCUUCCUUGCUAAAAAUAAAAAAAUAAACAAUGCAGUUUGUGUUUAUGCAAAUUAUUCUGUAAAAGAAACAACUGCCAUGGUAUGUGGUACACUUUUUCUUAUUGUUAUUCUCCCUUACCUCAAACAAAAUAAAACAUUGAGUUCUCAAAA